CACCGUGCGAGGCUUUGGUGCCCACGCCUCCUACCAAAAAUCCACAGCCCGGUGGAGCCGGGGCGCUCUCAUUCACAGUUUUCGCGAGAGAUCUGAGCCAGGAGCUGGCAGAGAGGAAGCCUUCUCCCCCACCCAUCUCAGCAGCAAAGACACCUGCAGGAAAAAUACCCCCAGGCAAGGCUGCGUGGCACUGUGAAGUGAGAGAUGGAAUAAGCUACCCUUGCUUUUGGAUGGAUUACACUACAUACGAACUGAAAGUUAUACCUCCUUGCAAGGAUAUGAAAAAGGCCCUCGAACAAUCUUUUUCAAACAGCUGGGCAGCAAAAAGCUUUUGAAUGGAUCACGCUUACAGCAGAUCAUUAGUUGAAUGGGAUCAGCAUUUCUCCUGCUAAAUAAUCUGAAGUUAAGGAUCUGGAAAAGAGAUUUUUGCAGAGAUGACCCAUUUACAAACUGGACUUAGUCCAGAGACUAUAGAGAAAGCCCGUCUGGAACUGAAUGAAAACCCAGACGUUUUGCAUCAGGAUAUCCAACAAGUCAGGGACAUGAUUAUCACCAGGCCUGACAUUGGGUUUUUACGUACAGAUGAUGCCUUCAUCUUGAGAUUUCUCAGAGCCAGAAAGUUUCACCAAACAGAUGCCUUCAGACUGCUGGCCCAGUACUUCCAGUACCGCCAGUUAAACCUGGAUAUGUUCAAGAACUUCAAGGCUGAUGAUCCUGGGAUCAAACGGGCUCUGAUUGAUGGAUUUCCUGGAGUGCUGGAAAAACGUGAUCACUACGGCAGGAAGAUUCUUCUGCUUUUUGCAGCUAACUGGGAUCAGAGUAGGAACUCCUUCACAGAUAUUCUACGGGCUAUUCUGUUGUCCUUGGAAGUUCUCAUUGAAGAUCAAGAGCUUCAGAUAAAUGGCUUCAUUUUAAUUAUAGACUGGAGCAAUUUCUCCUUCAAGCAAGCCUCCAAGCUAACACCUUCCAUCCUCAAACUGGCCAUUGAAGGGUUACAGGACAGCUUUCCUGCUCGCUUUGGAGGAGUCCAUUUUGUCAACCAGCCCUGGUACAUCCAUGCCCUGUACACACUAAUCAAACCAUUUCUCAAAGACAAGACAAGGAAAAGGAUCUUUCUCCAUGGUAACAAUCUGAACAGCCUUCACCAGCUAAUACACCCGGAAUGCCUGCCCUCUGAAUUUGGAGGUACACUUCCUCCUUAUGACAUGGGAACUUGGGCUCGGACAUUACUUGGUCCUGACUACAGUGAUGAAAACGAAUACACUCACACUUCCUACAACGCGAUGCACGUGAAGCACUCAUCUUCCAACCUAGAGAGGGGGUGCUCACCAAAACACAUGACAAGGUCUCAGUCUGUAGUGGAACCUGGCACGCUGAAACAUGAGGAACUGGGUGAGAGUGAGAACACCCAACUUCUACUGGCUCUAGACUGAGUUCUGCAUCACCAACACACACAAACGCAUUGCCAAAUUUCAACAGCACCAGAAAGCUGCGAAGCACACAACACGCUCUCUCUCUCUCUCUCUCUCUGUGUGUGUGUGUGUGCUUGAAAACAGGUCCUCCAUUUUUCCAGACCAACUAAUGAUUGUCACCAGCCACCUGUCGUGCAGCCAAAGCUAAACAAAGACAGAUUUCUUUUGGUGCAGGAUGCUAACUAAGAUAAAGUUAGGAGUCUAGCUGUUAAAAAAAAAAUUAUUCUUUUCUUUUUUCCUUUUUAGAUUUGCAACAUUAAAAUGACUGAAACGCGAAGGAUGAACUCCUUUGUACACAUACAAACGAUGCACAGAUGGAAGUUUUUCUGAGUCAUUAUGCAGGGAUGCGCUUUAAUUUCCUAAAACAAAGUUUAGAUUAAGUGCAUUUUAAAGUACAGUAUCUUGAAGUUAACCUGUGCAGUCUAAUUAUUAGGUUUAAUGUAGCUUGCAGACCUGAGAUAACAGCAUCUCCAAUACCCUUCAAUCCCUCCCAAGGUUUUUUAAAAAACAAAAUAAAACCCAAAACAUCACCAGCAUAAUGUCAUUCAACAUUACAGUAUGUGAUGUGAUAUACUGGCUGCUUGCAGGGUUCACUUAUUUCUGUACCCUGCAAAGAUUAUUCUUUAUUUAUGAAGCCUUUAUAAAACUGUCAGCUAAAUGUAAUGAGCUAUGUGGGCAGCAGACAGACACAAUUUGAAAUGCAAUUAUUUAAUUUUACCAAUGUGUUUUUCCACAGGCAACUCUACAGGGUGGGUAGAGGGAUGGGGGUGUGUGUGUGUGUCGGGGGGAAGUCAUUGGAAAAAAUUCACUGGUGAUUAAUGGUUCAAUCCAGAUUGUUUCAUUUAGGUCACUAUAGCAAAUGAAAGCUCUGCAGAGCCAUUUAACCCUCUUCCCUCCUGCAAUCAGCUAAAGGAGUCGCCAGAAGGAUCUGCUGAUUGCAGAUGGUGGCUGUGGUUAAAUCGGAAAGGGAAGACUUAGAAUGAAUUAUAUAACAUAGUAUAUACGACUGGAAGGAAAUGUGGAAGAACAGAAAUGUAGAACUGAAAUGCCAAAGAUCAGUUUGUUAUCUCUCUCUUUGCAAAAUGAAUCCCAUCCCUACAUUGAAAUGGAAAUAGAUAAAAAUAAUAAAAAAUAUCCACUGUUAAGAA